CCUAUUAAGUACAAAUCUUAUGGAGAUGAGAUCUACAAUUGAGGAUGGUAGAUCUUUUCUAGAAUGGUGGGAGUCAUGUAAGUUUUGUAUGUUAAAAUAUUGGAAAGUGAACGUUUGAGAGAGUUUUGUAAAGAGAUUCUCGUUAAAAGAGAAACAGAAGACCAAACUCGUAGAGUCUUCUAGUCUACUCUGGUUUGUUUGAAGUUGGAAGUUUAAGCACGGCACUUAGCAGCAACUCAAUCUCAAUGGCAAGUUCAAGUGAAGAACAACAACAUAAUAGUAUUAGUAAGCUGAUUCUGUAUUCAUAUUGGAGAAGUUCAUGUGCCUUCCGAGUUCGAAUUGCUCUAAACCUCAAAGGUCUCAAGUACGAGUACAAAGCAGUUGAUCUUUUUAAGGGAGAACAAUAUCAUCCUGAUUUUCUCAAGCUCAACCCUGUUGGUUUUGUUCCUGUUCUUGUCGAUGGCCCUGCUGUUAUUUUUGACUCUUUCGCCAUUAUAAUGUAUUUGGAGGAUAAGUUUCCUCAACAACAUCCUUUGCUCCCUACUGAUAUUCACAAAAGAGCUAUCAAUUUUCAGGUUGUCAGUAUUGUUUCUUCAUCAAUACAACCUCUUCAAAACCUUAAUACCUUGAAGUACAUUGAGAAAAAAGUUAGCCCUGAUGAAAAACUUCCAUGGGUCCAGAGUGUAAUUAGAAAAGGCUUCACAGCACUUGAAAAGCUAUUAAAAGAACACGCUGGGAAAUAUGCUACUGGAGAUGAAGUUUUCAUGGCGGAUAUAUUUUUAGCCCCUCAGUUAGAUGCUGCUUCUAAGAGAUUCAACAUUGACAUGAAUGAGUUCCCUACUCUAUCAAGAUUACACGAGACAUAUAAUGAGAUCCCAGCAUUCCGGGAGACGUUGCCAGAGAAUCAGCCAGAUGCAGCAGGCUACCUGAGUCAAUAAUUUGGGACUGAAAUGUGACCUGAUGUUAGGUUGGAGAAAUUGCUGCAGGACCUACUGAUUUAGCAGCUGGCUGAAUUUGUAACGAUAUACAAUACUUUAUGUAACAAUAAGGUUUUCCAAGGGCAAUUUACUUUUUCUGUUCCUUUUUUUUAAGCCUCACAUAUAUUAAGAAAAACAUGUAUCGUAUUUAAUGUUUUCAUUUUAUGUAUAGAUGUGUAUAUUCUUUCAAAAAAUGUAUUCAUGUCUAGAUACUCUUUUCUAUGGUUAUGUGUUUAAUUUUGACUUCUCAUCUUUCAAGACAUUGAAUGAUAUUAAUUAGCAGCUAUGAAACACGGACACUAUUUGGAUUAGGCGACACGUGUUUGACACGACACAGACACAUAAUUACACUGAAUUAUAUGAUUUUCUCAAAUUAUUAGCAGUGUCCAUGUCUUGUUUGGCGUCCGUGUCCAUAUAUGUGCUUCAUAGAUUAGCAGUAUAUUUGAAAACAAUAAUAAAUGUGUUUAUAUUUGAAGUCAUAGUAUUGCACGUAUGAUGUACAACAGGUAGAUAAAUUGGUGAUUCAAUCUAUAUAAGUCUGAAAAUCCUAGUGUUUAAUUUCCUCAUAUGCGUAGUUUCCACUCUGUAUUCUCAGUUAAAACUCAGAGAUUGCUUGAUUUGGUGGUUUGCUGAGAUAUCAUAAUGGCAGCUUCAUUUGUGGUUAUGUUGGUAAUGUUGGCUACCGAGAUAUGGCCUUGUUGCAAGGUAUCCUCCUUUGUUGGGAGGCAAGUUCAAUAAUGUCAUGUGCUACUUAUUCUCUCCACACUGUCUAGCUGGUGCAAAGGGGAGAGAUGUAGCUACUCAUCUUUAUGGUAAUGAGAUUUGAUGUGAUAAGACAAUACUCUCUCCGGUCACUAUUAUAAGUAAAAAGUUACUUUUUAGAUUCAUUGAAUAACUCAUGUAUUUGGUCUGACCAAAUACAUGAGUUAUUCAAUGAAUCUAAAAGGUGACUUUUUGGCCCCAAACACGUGGACGGGCUAUGUUUUGAGAGACUUUAUAAGUUGACAGCUAUAAAUACACUACAUCUUUUUCUUAAUAUAUGUGAAAAUUUGAAAAUCGUAAUUGAGGCAUAGAAAAAGGAUUGGAGGUAGUAAAUUGCACGAGGCAAUCUUAUUGCUGGAAAAUGUCAGUAGCAAAUGCCUGACAUUGUUUAAGGAGCCAAAAUAGAUAACUUUUGUAUAGAUAAGUGAUGUAAUAAUUACUUUGGCAAUAGUUUGAUUUGUAUUUCUAAGACAAAAAUUCCUAUUAUAGAUUCUUUAAACAA